AGCACUUGAUUGAAUACAAGGUACAAGAGAAACUAGAACCUCCAUUCUGAUUCUUCUUAAGGAACUUGAACAUUGAAGUCCUGAAAUUAUAAAUGAUUUAGUGGCGAGUUGAGCUUGCAAUGCAGGCAAUAAAAACCGUGGAAAAAGAAGUGACUUUUAUAAAGGAAAUACUUUUCACAGAAUCCUUCCUAAAGAAACAAGAGUGCAGCAGAAACCCGGAGAGCAGGCGGCUCCGAGAACAGCAGCCAUUGGAAGGAGCUGUCUGCAGCUCUCAGUGCUGUACUGAGCAUGUCCCAGCGGAGCCCAGUGCGAGCAGCACAUUAUGCAAAAAGGCAGCUCUAGCAGAUGGGAGAGAGGCACAGCAAGCAUUUGCUUCACUUGCAUCACCACCGCUUGAAAACAAACCUGGAUCGCUAGAGGGGAUCUCGCCAGCAGGCCAAAGGAAUGAAAUCCGGGAGGAUGGCUUGAUAGCCGAAGGUGUUGCACUGCGAAAAAUCAUGGGGAAUCAAGAUGGGAAGCUAAAGAAAAAUACAGGUGAUGUGCAGGAAGGAGAAGAUGCCUCUGGGCCCAAGGAUACGGAUGGCACAAAGAAGGCAUUGGGAGGCAGAAGGGGACUGGGGAAGCAUUCGAAAGGAAGUGAAUCUGGUAAGAAAAAGGGUAAGUCGGAAUCCAGGCCCUCUGUGUUUUCAAAUCUGAGGAUCAGAAAAAAUCUGUCUAAGGCUAAAGAUGGGAAUAGCAGUUCACGUGAGGAUGUUUUGGAAAGCCAGGCCUUGCAGCCUGGAGAGCUGGACAGUACUCAUUCAAUUGUAACCAAAACUCCUGAUAUAAGCAUCUCUGCAGAUGAAGGGGGUCUCUCAGACACAGAUGUUGAACAUUUUGAAAUCAGAAAUGAAACUGUUCCAGCUGCUGCAGAGACACAGGACGGACAAAGGACCAGCUCUGGCUCUGAUACGGAUAUAUACAGUUUCCAUUCAGCCGCAGAACAAGAGGAUUUGCUUUCUGAUAUCCAGCAAGCUAUUAGACUGCAACAGCAGCAGCAGGGGUCAAUUAACAUUGGAACUGAGGACCUUGUCACAAAAACAAUGGGCCGACACAUGGUUAAUUCGCAAGCAGCCCCCUUAGAUUUUGAACGUUUUUUUUCAGUAACUACCCUUGACAAAGAGAGGAGCCCAGACUCUGAGGGGGCUUUUCCAGCAGUAUCUGAAAUUCCUGUCUCCUGUGCAACUGAACGUGAACCGAAAGAAGCACUAAAUGGCACAGGCUCUCCUGGUAACGGCUUAAUUGAAACACAGGAACGUAAGCUAUUGAUUGAGGAACAGCUCGUUGCCGGAGUGGAUGCUGUCGCUAGUGAACUAGAAGAUGGUUUGAAUAGAACUGCGGUGGAAAACAGGUCUCAGACACAAAGCUCUACACAACCUUUUCCAACCUCAGUAGCAGACACUGAGGCUAAAAUUGCUGAAGUUCAGGCCGUUGAUUUUCAGGGCUCAGUAACAGAGGAUGGUAUUUCAGAUGCAGGCCACGAUCACGCUGCUGAGACUCAGGAAGAGAAACACACUCUCUCAGCCAGUCAAGAGGAGGUACGUAAUGGUUUAUCCACGGAAAUGAAAAAUGGCAUUUUGUCCUCUGAAGAAACAGCAGACAGUCCGGUGCUUGGUUCCCGAUGUUUUAAGCCCUAUCUAAUUAAUCCCUGUUACAUCAAAACCACAACUAGGCAACUGAGUUCUCCCAAUCAUUCACCUUCUCCCUCCCCAUCCCAGAGCCCGCUUUCUGCAAGGAGGCAGGAGUCCUUCCACAAAAAAGAAAAAGUCUCAUUCAAGAAGAAGAGGUCUGCUAGUUUGGCAGGUUUUUUCAGUCGUUCUGCAGACUGGACAGAAGAGGUGUCUAACCACAAAUACGAGAUAACAGAGAAGGUGGGCUCUGCAGACUACUUGGAGCACAAGGGGUUUAGAGAGAAAUUUCAAACAGAAAGAGUGCCUUUGACUCAUUCAAGGAAGUCCUCAGGGGUGCAGGCUUCUACAGAGACGUUCCCCAAUGUCUUUUCAGGACGAACUCUGCUGGAAAAGCUCUUCAGCCAGCAAGAAAAUGCACCACAAGAAGAAGCAGAAAAACUAUGCUCUCGCAUUAUUGCGCUGGGUCUUUUGCUUCCAUUCACUGACUGCUUCAGGGAGCCAUGUAAUCAGAGUGCCCAGCAAAGCACACCCACAUUUGAUCAAGACCAGCUUUAUACUUGGGCUGCAGUCAGCCAACCCACACAUUCAACAGAUUACAUUGAAGGAAGCUUUCCAAGGAGAAUUCCAUCUGCGUGGCCCCCACCCAAACCUCCAGAUGAAGAACAAAGACUCAAAGUUUCGGAAGAAGAGCUGAAAUCUACAGUCCUAGAAACAGAGAAGCAAUGCACAGAUGAUGUUCAGCAGGUUGUCAAGUUGUUAAGUAACAAAAGAUCUCAAGCUGUUGGAAUAUUAAUGUCUAGCCUUCAUUUAGACAUGAGGGACAUUCAGCAUGCUGUUGUGAACUUGGACAACUCUGUGGUUGACCUAGAGACCCUUCAAGCCCUGUAUGAGAAUAGAGCACAAUCAGAUGAAUUAGAAAAAAUAGAGAAGCAUAGCAAGGCAUCCAAGGAAAAAGAAAACGCCAAGUCUUUGGAUAAGCCGGAACAGUUCCUCUAUGAGCUCUCACUAAUUCCCAACUUUUCAGAACGUGUAUUUUGCAUCCUGUUCCAAUCAACGUUUUCAGAAAGCAUUUGUUCAAUCCGUCGCAAACUUGAAUUGUUACAGAAACUGUGUGAGACAUUGAAAAAUGAGUCAGGAGUUAUGCGUGUCCUGGGUUUGGUUCUUGCCUUUGGAAAUUACAUGAAUGGUGGAAACAGAACACGAGGACAGGCUGAUGGGUUUGGACUAGAUAUCCUGCCAAAACUGAAAGAUGUCAAGAGCAGCGACAACAGCAGAAGUCUUCUAUCUUACAUUGUCUCAUAUUAUUUGCGUAAUUUUGAUGAGGAUGCUGGAAAAGAACAAUGCAUCUUUCCUCUUCCGGACCCACAAGAUCUCUUCCAGGCUUCACAAUUGAAAUUUGAUGAUUUUCAAAAAGAUCUCCGCAAAAUGAAGAAAGAUUUGCGAGCAUGUGAGACAGAAGCAGCAAAAGUUUAUCAGCUAUCACUAGAGGAGCACCUCCAGCCUUUCAAAGACAACAUGGAGCAAUUCAUUAGUCAAGCUAAAAUAGACCAAGAAAAUGAAGAGAAGUCACUAACAGAAGCACAUAAAAGUUUUUUGGAAACUACAGCCUAUUUCUGUAUGAAACCAAAAAUGGGAGAAAAAGAGGUGUCACCACAUUCUUUCUUCAGUAUUUGGCAUGAAUUCAGUUCUGACUUCAAAGACUUCUGGAAGAAGGAAAACAAACUUAUUCUUCAAGAAAGAGUUAAAGAAGCAGAGGAAGUCUGCAGGCAGAAAAAGGGGAAGUCACUAUACAAUAUAAGACCAAAACAUGACUCUGGAAUUAAAGCAAAGAUAAGUAUGAAAAUCUGAGAGAAGAAAAGCAAAAGCCAUUGUUACCUGGUUACCAAAACUCAACAUGCCUGUGGGUGGGGAGUGAGAGGGAAGGAAACUACAUCAUCCUGAUCAUUUGCUUUCUUGACCUUUUUAAAUUUGCUUUUUGUUCUCUAGACUUUUCCACCAAUUGAUGUGUUAUUGUACAUUCAUUCACGAAUGUAAUCACUUUAAUGGAGUGCCCAGCAAUAGACUAGGUAUGGACUUGAAACACCUUCCCUGUACUCUGUAUCUCCUUUGCCACUCAAAAAUGAUAUUUUGUAAAGUGUAUGGUAUAUUACAAAUAGGCCAAGUCAGCAUGCAUAAAAAGCAGCAUCUGCAUCAGUUCUGAACAUGCUGAAAAUUGCAUUAAGUUGAACUUCAUAAGAAUGCUACUUGGUACAGUAAAACAUUUCCAUUCCUACUGGCAACAUCUAACACAAAUACUUCAUGGCACUGCACUUAGAUUAGGGAAAGAAAUGUUACUCCUAGUGAACUGUUUGUAUCUGUUUCAUGUUGGCAUUUGUAGUUUGUAUUUUGAAUCGUUAAGUGCUGUUUAUACAGUAUAAUCAAUGCUUUCCCAACUUGUUUGGUUGCCCUCCAUGACUAAAUAUUUGUGGAACAAGAUGUUUACUGUAACUAUCUUUAAAAUCGAUAAGGCAGCAUACUUUUACUUCAUCUUUUGCCAGAUAGUGAAUGCCAGGUGGUAUGGGGGUCAGAAAUCCAGCAUU